AUGCUAUCUGAGUUUCAGGUACUCGAUCGACUAGCUCCCGAAUCCAAUGCAAGUAUGUUUAUCGCUCUUGGUCAAAUGGAAGAGUGUAAAAUCAGAAGCACAAUCACCUCAGCUCCGAUCUUUCCUCGUAGUUCGGUAACUCCGGCGAUAAGACUGACACACUGUCCGUACUUGAUGAGAUGUUGUAGUUGA